AUGGACAUCGCCGCACUACGCGAGACCCGUUUCUCCGAACAAGGCCAACUGGAGGAGGAGGGUGCCGGCUACACCUUCUUCUGGAGCUGUCGACCCAGGGCAGAGCGACGGGACGCGGGUGUCGCCUUCGCCAUUCGGAACGACAUCGUGGGACGACUGCCCUGCUUGCCGCAGGGCAUCAACGAUCGCCUGAUGAGCCUCCGUCUGCCUCUCUGGGGAGGCAAAUUCGCCACCAUCAUCAGCGCCUACGCUCCGACGAUGACCAACCCCGACGCCGUCAGAGACAAAUUCUACGAGGACCUGCACGCCCUCUUGGCGACUGUGUCGAAGGCGGACAAGUUGAUUGUCCUUGGGGACUUCAACACCCGCGUCGGCACAGACCAUACUGCCGAGAGGGGAGUGCUGGGUCCCCACGGUCUCCGCGGCUCCAACGACAACGGCCUGCUGCUUCUCCGCAUCUGCGCAGAACACCGCCUCAUCCUGACGAAAACCUUCUGUUUGCCGGAGCGAGAGAAGGCCACCUGGAGGCAUCCUCGGUCGCGCCAGUGGCACCUGCUGGACUAUGUCCUCGUCCGGAGACGAGAUCAGCAGGACGUGCUGGUGACGAAGGCGAUCGCGGGUGCUGACGGGUGGACCGACCAUCGCCUCGUCAUCUCGAAGAUGAGUAUUCGCCUACAGCCUCGCAGGAGACCACAAGGUAAGCGACCCCCAGGUAAGCUGAAUGUUGCUUUGUUGUCUUUGCCCGCCCACCAUCUUCAUUUCAGCAAUGAGCUAGCUCAAAGGCUAGACAACCUUCCUAUCGCUGCCGCCGACGACGACCCCGCCACUGCCGAGAACGCCUCCGUGGAGAACCGCUGGUGUCAACUGCGAGACACGGUCCAGUCGACGGCGCUCGCCGUCCUCGGUCGCGCUCCCCUCCAACACCAGGACUGGUUCGACGGCAACGACGCCACCAUCAGAAAUCUGCUUGCUGAGAAGAACCGCCUACACAAAGCCUACGUUGAUCACCCCACUGAUGCCACCAAAGCUGCCUUCUACCGCAGUCACCGACAGCUCCAGCAACGACUGCGCGAGAUGCAGGACGCCUGA